AUGUCGGCCUCAGGAGCUCUCCCCGAGAGUACUCUCAAGCUUCUUAGCCAGCUUGCGCCGGCCACAUUUGCAGACACAGCAGCUCUUGCCGCUGCUGGACUUCUUUCGGCUGCCUACGUCCUCCGUGGAUACACAUGGGACAAGUCUGAUCCGUAUGACUACAUUUGGUAUGAGAAGCCCCAGCAAGGAGCUGGUGGCAGCGCUGCGAAAAGAUCAAAGAACAUAGCCGAGAGGCUCGAAGAACUGGGCAAAGAUGUCGUUGUUUUUUGGGGCUCACAGUCGGGCACUGCGGAAGGUUUCGCAAACCGUCUUGCAAGAGAGCUGCACCAACGCUUUCACCUAGAAACCAUGUCGGCCGACCUCUCAGACUACGACGCCGACACGAUUGCACAGAUUCCACAGACGAAGCUAGCCAUUUUUAUUCUUUCUACAUAUGGUGAAGGCGAUCCCAGCGACAACGCCGGCAUGUUCUGGGAUUGGAUUACCAAACUCCAAGACAAGCCGUUGGCAUCGCUCCGUUAUGCGGCUUUUGGCUUGGGCAACAGCAACUACAGAUACUACAACAGAGUUGUCGAUGUAGUCGACAAAGCCCUGGUGGACACAGGCGCAUCUCGUCUGGCACCUGUUGGUCGUGCUGAUGAUGCCGAAGGCGCCACAGAGGAAGAUUUUCUUUCGUGGAAGGACGACCUGUAUAAGGUCUUCCGCGAGACACUGAACCUGACGGAGCAUGAGGUGAAGCAUGAGCCUUCUCUUGCAGUGGUUGAGGACGAGUCUUUGGAGCCUCAGGACCUUCACAUUGGCGAGCCUGUCCACCUCAUCGAGGGUUCUGGCAAGUCCACCGCCAACUCAGCAAUCAAGCCUCUCAAGAUCAAAAACGUCAUCGACCUGUUCUCUUCUCCUGGCCGCAGCUGUCUGCACUUGGAUCUCGAGCUCGACAGCAGCUCCCAGCUUACAUACAAGACUGGUGACCACCUUGCGGUGUGGCCCAUCAACCCCAACGAGGAAGUCGAGCGUCUUCUGGCGGUGCUCGGACUUUCGGACCGUCGCAAUAUCCCCAUCAGCAUCAAUGCACUUGAUGCUGCUGUAAAAGUGAGAAUUCCUACACCAACAAACGUCGAGACCCUAUUCAGAUACUACCUCGAAAUCUGCGCCGCUGUUCCCAGAGACACCGUUCGUGGGCUUGCCCAAUUUGCGCCUUCAUCAGCUUCCAAGGAAUUUCUCUUGAGCCUUGGCCGCGACAAGGACAACUACGCCAGUUUCCUUGCUUCAAAUCAUCUUACAAUUGGCAGAUUGCUGGAGCUGGCAGCCAAGGCAGAUGGAGCGCAAGCAGCAGGCUUGUGGUCCGGCAUUCCUGUGUCAUACCUCAUCGAGACCUUGCCUAGGUCACAGCCCCGCUACUAUUCUAUUUCCUCUUCCAGCGUCGUUUCUCCCAAGGCGCCUAGCAUUACUGUUGCCGUUUCUGAUACCCCAUUGUCCGCCUCUCCUACCACUGCCAUUCCGGGCUUGACAACCAACUACCUGCAAGCCCUAUCACGAUCACUUCAAGAUUCUCAGGCAACUAAGCAGACUGAGGGCCUUAGCUAUGCUCUCUCUGGUCCUUCCAACAGUCUUGAGGGUGGACGACUUUACGCUCACAUCCGCCGCUCCAAGUUCAAGCUUCCCAUGUUGUCUUCUCACCCUCUUAUCAUGGUGGCUGCUGGUACCGGUCUUGCACCAUUCCGCGGCUUCAUUGCGGAGCGUCUACGUCUGCAGUCGAUUGGAAAGGAUGUUGGACAGAUGCUGCUCUUCUUCGGUUGCCACAAGCCCGAUGAGGACUACAUCUACCGAGAGGAGCUGGAACAGAUGGAGAAGGAUCUUGGCGGCAAGUUGAAGAUUGUCACUGCUUUCUCUCGACAGCAAGGAACCAAGAAGACAUAUGUUCAAGACAAAGUUCGAGACCUGAGCAAAGAGGUUUCAGGACUGUUGGAAGAUGGAGCCAGCCUUUACAUGUGCGGUAGGGCGAGCAUGGCCAGAGAAGUUGGCAAGACACUUGGAGAUGUUAUGAAGACGGAUAAGGGAUGGGACGAUGCACAAGUCAAGGAAUGGAGUGAAGGCCUGAAGCGUAACCGCAAGUGGCAAGAGGAUGUCUGGGGCUAG